AUUGAUACCACGCAAUCACCAAAACCACUCCUACAACCAUUUUUAACUGUUACACACAUCACCUAUUACAAAAACCCCCCUCGACUAUCAAUAAAACAAGUUUAUUAUAAGUGGACUUGGCAACUGUGGUGUGUAGUUCUAACUUUUAACUGUCGUAAAGCAAAUGGAUCAUCAUGACGCUGUUGUGUGGUUUCAAAUUUCCAGCCAAGAAAAAAAAACUCAGUUGAAAAAGAAAACAAAUUGUAUUCUUGGGUCUGCGUGCAACGAAUUGUAAUUAAUUACAAAACAAGUUACCAAUUCAGUUAAAUAACUACAAUUGUGAUUUGGGUUGAAACAUAUAUAACGCGAUAGGAUAUUAAUUUAUAAACAAGAAAAGACCCGCAGUACUGCACUGUCUACAACCCGAGCAUAUAAACAGUCAUAUGAUUGAUUUUUUAUAUGCAGUUAAACUGCAAGAGGAAGCAAUCUUCGCCCAAUUCAUAACUCAAAUUUAAAUCGCCUGUACAACAACCAUGAUGAAUAUUCAUUCGGAAACAUAUGAUUUUAUCACUACUGUGGCGUUGUAAAACAAACAAACAAACAAAAACAAAGCAGACUCGAUAUGGCCGGUAAAGAAGAAGAACUUGAAGAAAAACUAAAAAAACUCAUCGUACGACUUAAAAAUGUCGAGGAAGGAAAACAGAUGGAGAACCUUAUUCAGAUACUGGAGGAUAUGCUCUUUUUAACUUUUGUUGAUGAUUGCGCAACAGACAUGUUCAAAGACAAACAAGCCCAUCUGCCUUUGGUGGUAGUCCUGGAAUCCUAUAUUAACACUGCCAGUGUACAACAGGUGGGCUGGUCAUUGUUCUGUAGACUGCUGGAAGUUUGUCCUUCUACUCUCGAUGACAUAGCUUCUCCACAGGAUGUUGGAAAGGAAUGGGAUGUAUUGGGAAUACAUCAACAGAUUCUCAAAAUGCUGGUUUUGCACAAUGGACAUGUUAAGCUGAUGAUGAUUGGACUCAGAGCUUUAUCACAUCUUCUGCAGUCAGAUGCAAUUUUGUUAUUAAUCUUGGAUGAAGAAGUUGAUGUUUUCUAUUUGAUUGUCGAUGCAAUGACUGUUUUCAUUUCAAAUGAAGAAAUCCAGAUCUAUGGAUGUAAAUCUUUACAACUGCUUCUGGAGAAAGUUGCUGAUGUGCACUUAGCUGAGUUUGUGGAAACUGGAGAUCACAUGGCAAUUUUGAAUUCAAUAAAGCAAUUCCAAGACAACGAGGACACUGUACUUCAUGCACUGAGGGCCAUACUGCCUUUGACUGGUCCAGCUAGUAAUGUGGAAGUUCUCAUGUCAGGAAAUGAAAGAUGUUACAGUUUGAUAAUGAGUGCAAUGGAAACUUUCCCCAGUAACGAAGAAAUACAGGAAAUUGGCUGCUGUUUGUUUCAGAAAUUUACAUCAGAAAGUUUUUAUAACAUUCUUGUAUUAAAUGGGGUACAUAAAGUCAUUAUCAAGGCAUCUAUGACGUACCUGAAGAAUGCAAACCUGCAAGCUUCGUCUCUAACUUGCUUGGCGUGUCUCACCGAAACAAUCAUUUUGAACAAGGACUUGUAUGAAUGGAAGGAGGAGGAAGAAGAUAAGUGCUUGGUGGAUGCUUGUUGUAGAGCACUGGAAUUCCACAGAGCAAGCAAAGAAGUCCAGGAGGCAGCUUGCUGGGCACUGAAUAAUCUUCUUGUUUAUGAAAGUAAACUUAAUGAAAUGUUUGGUGAUGAAGAUGGCAGGUACCCUGUGCAUAGACAGGUGAUGGCCGCUAUGCUUUUGCAUUCAUCGUCGAAAGGAGUGUUCCAAGCAGCAGCUAAUGCAUUGGCAACUUUAGCUGACCAAAAUGUUAAAAUAAGAGCACUUCUACUGUCAAAUGGGAUACACAUUAACAUCAUAGAGCUGAUGAAGAAACACUCAGACUCUCCUGAUGUUGCUGAAAGUGCAUGUAGGCUGCUUUAUAAACUUUUCCAGGGAAGUUUGGUGAGUCUUGAUGUUGUGACAAUGGCUAUGGCUGAGAUCUUAAGUGCUAUGAAAAUACAUAACUGUGUCCCUUCUGUACAACUUGAGGCGCUUAGAGCCAGUUUACUGUUUGUCAGUCCUGGCAUGAACCAGAAAGGACAAGAGACUGCCCCAUGCACAGUGGAGGAUCCUGAUGCAGUAGAUGUGACUCCAAAAGUUAUUAAAAAUCAGUGCGUGUUAGAAGGUGCUCACACUCUGGUCCUUGAAUCUUUGAACAAGUUUAUUGGAAGCCCAGCCAUUCAAGAAUAUGGGUUACGUGUACUUUGUUCACUCAGUGACUGUUCAGGUGCAUUGGAGCUUAUGUCUCAGCAGGGAGCAGUAGAUACAAUUCUUCACACACUACAAAUGUAUCCAGAUGGAAAAGAAAUUCACCUGCUGAGUCUAAAUUUACUAGGCCGCCUUAUUCCAAAAAAGAAACGGUCUGCAGCAACUGUUACUAUUUUGGCAUCUAUUUUAGUUAAAGCCUUACUCCGAUUCAAAGAGGUUUUGGACAUGCAGAUACUGGGAUUUCGUGCUGCAUUUACUUUGCUUGAAAUGUCUCCAAGUGCUGCCGAAGAGCUGGAAAAAGAAUCAUUUGACAAAGUUAUUUUUCAACAUAUGAACACCUGUCUUUUGGAACAGAGAAAUGAUGUGCUUCAGAAGUUGUGCUGCAUGUGCCUUUCAAAAAUGGCAGCUGACAGUGAUAUUAAACACAGGAUGCUGGACAAGGCCUGUAUAGAAAACGAUGUAGUCAUGGCUGAAUGUUUGAUCCUUCUCGGAGCGGAUAUCAAUAAGAAAACAAAGAAGGACUCUUUAAUUUAUCAGGUGUGCGAGAAAGGCAGUAACCCAGAGUUAGUGGAGUUGCUGUUGAACAAUGGAACACAUGAGCAGGACAUUCGAAAAGCUCUGAGCAUCAGCGUAAAGAAACGGGAUAGCCUAAUCAUUAGUUUACUUCUAAGAAAGCUGGGGCUUGAUCAGGCAAAUAAUGCCAUCUGCCUAGGUGGUUUUCGUCUGGGUCAAAUUGAACCCUGCUGGUUGAGCCCUUUGUUUUCUGAACGCAGGACUUCUAAUUUCAGAAGGCCGACAAGCAAAGGUGUUUCUCUGGCCAGAAUGAUAAUAAGAUAUCGGAUGCGAAAAAUCAACUCUGAAUCCCAGAAAUCAAAUUCAGAUGAAUUGGAUGAAACUGAUGACUACAGUGUUCUGUCUGAGCCUCCUGAGGAUGGAAAUGUUUUCAGGAGUGAAGACAUUGAAAGUGAAGGAAGUGAUGGUAUACUGCAUGUGAUGAAGAAAUCUCAAUCUGACACUGCGGCUGAAUUGUGUAGAGAUUUGUCAGCAUUGCAGCAAUUGAGACGCAGGCACCCAAGUUCUGAGGGAGGAAGUGGAGAUUCAGGUUCAAAUGAGAUGCAUAAGAUAAGAUUCUUCAAGGCAGCUGCAAGCCGAAGAAUAUCAACGGAAAGCCCGUCCUUGUUGGGCAUGGACAGGGAGUGCAUUAAACUGGUAGAUCUUUCUGGGAAUGAACUGGAAAACCUCCACGCCAUCUGUGGGAAGACCUCAAUCAGUAGUCAUGUUGAACAUGUUGUAAGACUGGAGCUACACCAGAACAGCCUCUCAGAGUUUCCAGGAAGACUGUGUGAGACAAUGAGGUGUUUGACACACCUUGACCUGCAUAGCAACAGAUUCACAUCUUUCCCGUCAUGUGUGCUGAAAAUAAAUUCCAUUAGCUACCUGAAUAUCUCAAGAAAUGAAAUUGGUCCGUCUUUGACUCUGGAUCCCGAUGUCAGAUGUCCAACACUGAAACAGUUUAUUGUGUCCUUCAAUCAUCUAUCAUCUAUCCCAGAUCAUCUUGGGCAAAUUGUGGAUAAACUGGAGGAGAUCUCACUGGAAGGGAAUAAAAUUACUGAAAUCAUCUCUCCACUCUGCUUGUCUGAGCUAAGGCUCCUGGACAUCAGUAAGAACGACAUUUCCACAAUUGCUGAGAAUUUUCUUUCUCAGUGCCUCAAAUUGGAGACUUUCAAUGUUUCUUUCAACAAAUUGAGUUCUGUGCCCUAUCUGCCAUCAAAAAUAACUACAAUCAAAUUUUCUCACAAUGAAUUUACAAGCAUCCCAGAUGCUAUUCUUCACCUCCCAUAUUUGCGCUCAGUGGAUAUGAGAAACAAUAAAAUCACGGUGCUUCCUGGGCCUUCACAGUGGGAAUCUGUUAACUUAAGGGAGCUGAUUUUCAGCGACAACCAGAUCAGUGUACUGAAUCUUAGUGGACCAGUGUACAAAUGGGCAAGACUGGAAAAACUGCACCUCUGUAAGAACAGACUGAAAGAGAUCCCAUCAGAGAUUGGGCUGCUGGAAAAUCUGACCUCUCUGGAUGUCAGCAAAAACUCAGAAUUGAGAUCCUUCCCUGAUGAAAUGGGGAAGCUUGAACAGGUCUGGGACCUGCCUUUAGAUGAGCUGCAAUUAGACUUGGAUUUGAAACACAUUGGCAGCAAAACCAAGGAUAUCAUAAGAUUCCUCCAACAACGUCUAAAGAAGGCGGUUCCAUACUAUCGGAUGAAGCUGAUGAUAGUGGGGAACACUGGGAGUGGUAAAACUACGUUACUCCAGCAGCUCAUGAAACUUAAACGCUCACGGUCCCGAGCUGAAAAGGCUACAGUUGGAAUAGAUGUAAAGGACUGGAAAAUUCAGGAAAAGGGGAAAAAUAACAUUGUUUUAAAUGUCUGGGACUUUUCAGGCCGGGAAGAAUUUUACUGUUCACACCCUCACUUCAUGACACCACGAGCCUUGUAUCUUGUUGUUUAUGAUUUGAGUAAAGGAGCAACUGAAGUCAAUUCAAUUAAGCCUUGGUUGUUUAACAUAAAGGCCAGAGCCUCUUCAUCUCCGGUUAUACUAGUUGGUACCCAUACAGAUGUAAGUGAAGAAAAGCACCUUCAGGCAUGUACAGCAAAAAUCAGAAGCGAGCUUCUGAAUCACCAUGGCUUCCCUGUUAUUCGAGAUCAUCACCUUGUGACUGCCACAGAGGAGUCGGAUUCCAUGGGAAAACUUCGGAAAGCCAUUGUGAAAGAAAUCAUGAACUUCAAGAUUCGGGAUCAGCCAGUCAUGGGUCAGCUGAUCCCUGACAGUUACCUGGAACUAGAGAAGAGAGUUCUGCAGGAGCGCAAGAACGUAUCCCCAGAAUUCCCCGUCAUCCGCCAGCAGCGCUUGCUGGAAAUCGUGCAGGAGAACCAACUUCUUCUAGUUGAAAGUGAACUUCCCCAUGCUGUUCACUUUCUCAAUGAGUCUGGUGUACUGCUACAUUUUGAAGAUUCUGCACUUCAGUUAAGAGACCUUUACUUUGUGGAUCCCCAGUGGCUGUGUAACAUGAUGUCGCAGAUAUUAACACUAAAAGGAGGAGGUUUUUCCAAAUACCCAAAAGGAAUGGUUCAACGUUCAGAUGUAGAAAAAUGUCUUUUUCACAGUAAAAGCUUCCCGAAGAAUUACAUACCUCAGUAUUUCAAACUCCUUGAAAAGUUUCAGAUUGCACUGCCUUUGGGAGAAGAGCAGCUCCUUAUUCCUAGCAGUUUGUCAGACCACAGACCUGUGAUUGAACUUCCCCACUGUGAAAAUUCUGAAAUAAUUGUGAGGCUUUAUGAGAUGCCAUACUUUCCAAUGGGCUUCUGGUCUAGGCUAAUCAACCGACUGUUUGAAGUUUCUACAUUCAUGCUCUCUGGAAGAGAAAGAGCCCUUCGUCCCAACAGGAUGUACUGGAGACAAGGCAUCUACCUCAACUGGUCUCCAGAAGCUUACAGCUUAGUAGAAUCAGCCGUUCUGGACAACACACCCGAGAGUUUCCUAAAAGUCACUGUUCCUUGCUCCCAGAAAGGGCGUGUUUUGCUGGGGCAGGUUGUGGAUCACAUUGACAGUCUUUUGGAGGAAUGGUUUCCAGGUCUCCUAGCAACAGAUGUAUGUGGGGAUGGUGACACCCUGCUGAAGAAAUGGGUUCUGUACAGCUUCGAAGAUGGUCAGGAGUGUCAGAGGAUAUUGCUGGAUGAGCUGCUUAGCCAAACAAAUGAAGAAUGCCUUUUGGUUAACCCUGAGGAUCCAAGGUCUACCAUUCCCAUAUCCCAGAUUGCACCAGACCUCGUACUUACUGAUCUGCCUGCAAACCUCAUUAUAAACUGUGACCAACUGGAAAUUGACUCAUCUCCUGAAUAUUUACUGGGUGAAGGAGGUUUUGGGUCUGUAUAUCGUGCCGUAUAUAAAAAUGAAGAUGUUGCUGUCAAGAUUUUCAACAAGCAUGCAUCAGAAAUACAUCUACACAGACUACUGAGACAAGAGCUUUCAGUGCUUAGCCACCUGCACCACCCCAGUCUCAUCUCCCUGUUGGCAGCAGGAACUCAGCCCCGUAUGCUGGUCAUGGAACUAGCACUCAAAGGCUCCCUUGACACUCUUUUUGAAAACAAAAAGGGCAGCCUCAAUCGAACACUUAAACACAGGAUAGCUCUGCAUGUGGCGGAUGGUUUGAGGUAUCUACAUUCAUCUAUGAUAAUAUACCGGGAUCUAAAGCCACAUAACGUCCUCAUUUUUAAUUUAAAGACUAACUCGGAGAUCAUUGCAAAAAUAGCUGAUUAUGGCAUAGCCCAGUACUGCUGCAGCAUGGGGAUCAAGACUUCUGAAGGAACACCUGGAUUUCGUGCUCCUGAAGUUUCUCGUGGAAAUGUAAUUUAUAACCAGCAGGCGGAUAUCUAUUCCUUUGGCUUACUCUUGUAUGACAUCCUGACCUGCGGGGAACGUAUUUUAGAUGGAAUGCGGUUUCCCUGCGAGUUUGAUCAGUUAGCAGUUCAGGGAAAAUUACCAGAUCCGGUGAAACACUAUAACUGUUCUCCAUGGCCUGGGGUUGAGAAAUUGAUAAAAGACUGUAUGAGAGAGAAUCCAGAGGAAAGACCCACGUCAGCUCAGAUAGUUGACACUCUGAACUCUGCAGAGCUCCUCUGUUUAAUGCGCAAAGUCUCCCUGCCCAGCAGUUUGACAGCAGAAUGCAUUGCGGCCUCCAGUCUUACAUGCAGUAGGCCGGGGGUGUGGAUUGGCAGUGGCAGCAAGCAAAAGGGACAGAUCUCAUUUGUGGAUUUAGCUACAGGAAGGGAUGAAGUUCAGGAUAUUGAUAAUAGUCAGGUUUUAUGCCUCACUCUUGUCUGUCUGCCGGGGGAAGAGAUAAACAGGGUUGUUGCAGGGACGGCAUCUGGCAGACUGAUCGUUAUGAGCACAGAGGACACAACAUCUAGACACCAGCUGCAAAAACUGACAGACUCUAUCACCACUUUAUUCUUCCAUUCAUAUCCAAAACAUAGCAGGGAGAAUAAUUUUCUGUUAGCAGGGACAGCUGAUGGAAUGCUAGCUAUCUUUGAACAUUCAGUAAUCAAGUGUGACGAAGGAAAGCCUCAGAAGAUGGUGCAUAUUGGGAACAUCAACACUCCCUUAAUGGGUCUGAGUGAGUCUGCAUACGCCCAAGAUAAAAAUACAAUCUGGGCAGCUUGUGGCUCAAAGGUUGUGUCAUUUACAAAUGAAUUUGACAUUUGGAAAACCAUAGACACCAAGCCAAAUUACCAGGUCCUGCAAAGAUCUUGCAGUGAAGCAAACAUAAUAAGCCUUGCAGUUGAUAAAUACAUCUACUUAACAAAGAAAGACAGCCACAUUGUUGAAGUAUGGGACAAGAAGACUGAAAAAAUGUUUGAGCUCAUUGAUUGUUGUCGUUUGUUCAAAGAUGAAGCAAAGAAAAGAAAUAAGAAACUGACAACUGAAGAUCUUCGUUUUGCAAGAGUGAAGGCAUUGCUGCUUCAGCAGAAUACCACUCUAUGGAUCGGUACAUGGGGUGGACUCAUAAUACUUCUAGAUCUGUCUACGCAUCAACCAAUCCAACUAAUCAACAGCUUAAGUGACUCUAUCAUAAGUAUGACAACAGCACAAAUUGAAAGGGCAAGUCCAAAAAAUGUUGUGCUGGUUGUGGCUAAACACUGCAGAACUCGUCAUGAACUAGCCAGACUCCAACACGAACAAGAAUCUCUUCUGUAUGUCUGGAAUGGAAAUAUUUCUCUUGAAGUACAAAACCUACAGAAGCACAUCGAGAUGAGACGAGAAACAGCAGACAAAAUGAAACUGUGUUCUUAUGACUGAAGUGCAGACUCUAUGAAGAUCGGACAACACUAUAAAAUAGUGAUACUGUGGUAACUAAUUGGUAUAAUAACCUGGUCAUUAACACAGAAGUGAUGCUUUAAACGUAGUAAAAGCACUUUUAAAGGGAAAUGUGAAACAUCAUGUACAACUCAAUGGUUUUGCUUUGUGUUUAUUGCGGUUAAAUUAUUUAAAGACAAUGUUGUAACUUUUUUAGUAUUGAAGAAAUUGUAUCAUAAAAACAAUGUAUUGACAUUCAAUGUCAUACUGUGUAGUGUAUGUAAACAAGAAAAAUGUAUGUUUGUAUAUUAUAAACUUAAAGUACAAUUUCAUUUUGUAUUGUAAUAAUUAUCUGAAAACACUGUUUUUGUGUUCAUUCUUGUUUUUAAACACUUGUGAGACAGUAUGGAUCUGUUCUUUUAAGUCUGAACAAUUGAGUAAUAUAUUAAACAUGCCCAUUUAAGUUUU